CCAAUCGCGGCCUGGCGGGCCACCUCCCGGCCGAGCCCGCCAGCCCGCCGGCCGCUUCCGCUCUCACGCAAGCGCAGCAGCCGGGCAGCGGACGCCGCCGGCACCAUGGUCCUGGACAGCGUAGCCCGCAUCGUGAAGGUGCAGCUGCCCGCCUACCUCAAGCAGCUCCCUGUCCCCGACAGCAUUACCGGCUUCGCCCGCCUCACAGUUUCAGAAUGGCUCCGCUUAUUACCCUUCCUUGGUGUACUUGCACUUCUUGGCUACCUUGCAGUCCGUCCAUUCUUCCCCAAGAAGAAACAACAGAAGGACAGCUUGAUUAAUCUUAAAAUACAAAAAGAAAAUCCCAAAGUGGUGAACGAAAUAAACAUUGAAGAUCUGUGUCUUACUAAAGCAGCUUAUUGUAGGUGUUGGCGUUCCAAGACGUUUCCUGCCUGUGAUGGGUCCCAUAAUAAGCACAAUGAAUUGACAGGAGAUAAUGUGGGUCCACUCAUACUGAAGAAGAAAGAAGUAUAACAGUAGCCAUUUAAGAUUGAAAUUCUGACAGUAACAUUUCCUCGUUUGUUGUGUGUAGAAAAAUCUUUGGAUAUUUUAACCAGCAGUACUGGUUGAAUAAUUAUUUCUGCCAUUUAUUUUCUUGCUACACUACUACUUAUAUUUGGUACUUUAUAUAUUCAGUCAUUUAUACAGAAAUCAAAUGGUCAAGUGUCAUUCUGAAAUCAAGAAUUAAUGUAUCUUUCAACAAUAAAGUCAGCACUGGGAAAUUAAAGUUUGGCUGUAGGCCAAAAGGUAUUUUUUUGCAUAUCAGUAUUUCAAAAUAAUGUAUAUUUUUAAAAAAAAUUCUCCCUUGUUCUGCUAAAUGUAUUUUCAUAUUGUUUUGCUCAUCUGAAGUAGUUUGCCAUUCUUUGGCGUUUGUGGAACUCUGCUGUUUUUGAUGAAUUAUGAAAUAUAUUGCCACCAAGAAUUACUUUGAGGUAAUAAAACCGAUGUUUUAUAAAGA